AUGGCCUCAUCUCCAGAUGACAUCGCCGUCUCGCUGGCUGCAUAUCGCUCGUUCAUCUCAACGCAGAACCGCCGCGCUCUCGAUGUUUACGUACCAUUCAUUGCUGCCGCGGUACCUGACGAUCUAGAAGACGACGAGGACGUCGAAGAGCUCCGCCUAGACGGCCUCAAUACGCUCCUUGACACCAACCUUAAGGACUUUGGUGUUUCAGAGCCUAGCGAGGAGCGUGACGCUAUCCGUCGCGAGUACCUCUCCGUCAUUGAAGAGAAUUUGAAGCGAAAGUCUAGGGAAGACGUGCGAAAAACCAUCUCGAUUCCCGAGGACUUUCGCGUGCUGGCCGGGCUCGUUGACGGCAUUGUGGGCUACGGGCUGCCCGUCUUUCGGAACAGGUCCCAUCCGGCCUUCUGGUGGGGUUGCCGAGAUGACCUACGCCCGCACGCCGAGAGAGUGAUGACGCCUGAGGACCUCGCGCAACACGCGGGUCUCCCAGAGUGCUGGCAAAUUGCGGGAGGUUGGGCGCCAGGCACAGGGCCGGAUGCCAACUUCAGCAUUGUGUAUAGCCGCGACUCUGACGAAGACCCUUGGAAGUGGAGAUACACUCUUUCCACACUGGAUCACGGCUUACACAUCUUUGAGAUGAUUCCAGAAUUUCUGGCCUGGUACGCGCAUUUCAGGCAGUUUGACGAAGUUCCCGGGCCUGAUGAGCUGGACGCCAACGAUCUCCUUUUCGGCCAAAUUUAG